AUGCAUAUUUCUUGCAAACCAAUGAACUUUGUUAUAGUUUCGUUUUAUGUUUUUGUUCUUCCAUUCACUGACUGCACAGCCUUUGAGGAGGUGAAUCAUCUUGGUAGCAAAAGCACAAAUAACGAAGCUUACAAGGUAAAUCAUCAGAAAACAUCUGAUAUUGCACUGCAUGGAUUGCUUCUGUGGGCAUCAAUGGGGUUCUUAAUGCCUCUUGGGAUACUUACAAUCAGAGGGUCCAGUAAAGCGGAACCUGGAUCAAGAAAGAGUAGAGUCCUCUUCUAUCUCCAUGUUGCUUUUCAGAUGCUUUCAGUGCUUCUUGCCACUGUUGGAGCUGCUGUGUCUCUGAAAAAGUUUGAGAAUUCAUUUGAUAACAACCACCAAAGAUUAGGCCUGGCACUUUACGUUGCUAUAUUGAUGCAAGGCUUCAUUGGAUUUUUCAGACCACACAGGGGAAAGAAAGAGAGGAGUUAUUGGUACUUAAUACACUGGAUACUAGGGACAAUAGUUUCUCUUGUGGGGAUCAUCAACAUUUACACAGGUUUAAAUGCUUACCAUAAGAGAACCUUAAAAGGGACAAGGCUUUGGACUAUCCUUUUCACAAUGGAAAUCACAUUCAUUGGAUUGGUUUACCUCUUUCAAGACAAAUUGGAAUAUAUGAAAAAGCAAAGAGUGAUUUCAGGAAGUGAAUCAACUUUGACAUCUAACCAAGAUAUUCCUCAAAGGCAAAAUCAAAAAGAGAUGUUACCAGUUGCAUGUGGAAAGAAAAAUGCACUUGGAAAUUUGUUUGACUAA